AUGCCUCCCGGCCGCACUCUCCAUGCACGAGCGGUUUCGAAUGAGAAUGACGAGAAUAGUCGCUCGACGCGUAUGACCCGGGCCAAGGCAGCCGCGCUUGGCGCCGACGAGCUCGCCCUUCCUUCCAAAGGCGUCCAGACGAAAAUGACAACAAAUUCUCAAGCACAGGGCGUGCAAAGAAAACGUGCCGCUCUCGGCGAUGUCAGCAACGUUACAAAGGCGGAUGCCAUGGACGGAAAAAGCCUGCCUCUAGGGCCGGAUAACCUCGGAACCAUUGCGGAAAAAAUCCAUACGGACGAGAGACUCGCGUCUACUGAGGAUAACGACGUCAGCGCUCCAAAGGCUGAGCCUGGGGCUAGCCGGGUGGAGGCGACAUCCACCUCGGUUUUCCCUCCAGGAGUUACUGAUCCGGACCCGGAAGAUCUUGACGACCCUCUUAUGGUUGCCGAAUAUACCCAUGAAAUAUUCGAAUAUCUGCGCGACCUUGAAGUUAAAACAAUCCCCAAUCCAAACUACAUGGAUCAUCAAGACGAGCUGGAGUGGAAAAUGCGUGGCAUCUUGAUUGACUGGCUUAUCGAGGUUCAUACGCGCUUUCACCUAUUACCCGAGACCUUGUUCUUGGCCGUCAAUAUCAUUGACCGUUUCCUUUCGCAAAAAGUUGUCCAACUUGAUCGCCUACAACUCGUAGGUAUUACCGCCAUGUUCAUCGCCUCUAAAUAUGAGGAGGUUCUCUCCCCUCAUGUAGCGAAUUUUAGCCAUGUUGCCGACGAUGGUUUUUCUGAGGCCGAAAUCCUCGCUGCCGAACGGUUCAUUCUUAGCACCCUAAACUAUGACUUGAGCUAUCCGAAUCCCAUGAACUUUUGCGCCGCAUCUCGAAAGCGGAUAACUACGAUAUUCAGUCUCGGACUAUUGGCAAGUAUCUAA